AUGGAAACCUCAAUAAAAGAUCGUCUAAAGCAAGUUAGCACAAACUUAAAACGAAAGGCUGAUGACAAAAUUGAUCGAUUAAACAUGACAGGAUCUGGGUAUUGCGAGCACAACGAAUCACAACAAUUAGUAAAAGUAGAUGAAACAUAUAAAAGUUCUUCAAAUUCAAGUAGUGAGGAUAUUAUUCCAACUGGCACUGAAAUAUAUCCCUUUCCUAUAGUUUCUAAUAAAACAAUGUCGGAUAUAGGAAGAUACGAGGACUGGUUUGGUAGCGAAGUUGUAGUACCACGUGACACAGAUCGCAUUUUAGAGCAAAUAGUACUAAUGCUAUUACGAAUAGGUGUUUUCUUAGGAAAGGAAAGUACUGAUGCUGCAAAAUUUUUAAGUUCAAGCUCACAGGCUUAUCUACCACGUGCACGUAAAGUUGAAUGUAUAUCCACUGAAAUGGCUGAAACUCCACCACUUGUUGCUAGUAGUAAAGGGAGAAUGGCAUCAUAUUUACGUGAUUAUCCACACAUUUUUAUGAAGAAACCAUCAGGAUUGCUAGGCACACUGAGUUCUCCAGUAAGACUUCACGAUAAUAAUAGUAUAGUUGAAAAGAGUCAAAGUAUCCAUUCAUUAGAGACAACAGAAAUUUCAAUAGACUCAGUUUCCUCUAUGUGUGAAAAUAAGGAUUUCUUACCUACAAAUGAAAUCGAGUCACCUAGCAAAACUCUUACAGACACACAUGAGGAUAUAAACAAAUAUGUGAUAGAUAAUCAAAUAGAAAAUAUUAGUCAUACAUUAGAAGCAAAAGAAACACUAGAGUCUGUUUCCUUUAUGUGCGAAAAUGAUAAAAUCUUAAGAACAACAAAUGAAAUGAAAUCACCUAGUAAACAUUUGAUAAAUACACAAGAGGAUGUAAAUAAGCAUGUGACAGAGAAUCAAGCAGAAAGUAAUAUUAGUCAGACAAGCAAAGAAACAAAAUCUUUAAAUGCUACAUCAUCUGAGAGCAUUGAAAGUGUAAUUAAUAGAAUGAAAAUUCGUGCAGCUUGUAUGGACAUGCCUUCGUCAACUUUAAAUAAUAGAAACAGCACUUGUUCAGUAAAUACUGAGAGUUCUAAAAACUCCAAUAAUAGUAAACCAACCAAAUCCAAAGCACAUAAAUAUAAA